AUGUCCCACGGCCGGGUGAUUCAAGACUCCGAUGACGAGGACGAUCCGUUGGCAGCGGACUUCCCACCUCCCGCCAAGUCGACGCAUCCAGCAGACAACGAUAACGCCCUCAAUUCAGUCGCACAAGAUGUCCCUCUUACAGCCCAAGUACGGGAGCCCAACCACCCAAUCGCAAUCAACUUCGAUGUGUUUCUUCAAUCCCAGGAAGCAGCGCCAAAUGGACUAUCGUCAUCCCAGCAACGGAGAGAAGAAAGAUGGAUCCCGAGCGAAGCGCGGGGUGGCGCUUCAAUAGGGUCAAUGAUGACAGAGAUUGGUCUGGCCCAGCAACGGCUCUUCGAUGACGAUGAUGCUCAAAACGCCAAUCGGCAUCUUCCCCCACAUACUACCCUUGACUCGGAACCCAUACAGCCUACUUUACCACAUAUGGAUGAUAUACAUCUCGUCCCGUCUAUCGACAUCAAUGGUCCCCAGCAUUUAGAUUACAAUAGACUCGGGAGUGGUCCGGAAUAUAUGUACCAAACAAACGACACAGUCGCCCACCAAUACGAACCUAUCGCACAUACGGAACAACAUCAUCCUCGAAGUCUCCUGAGCAAUGACUUCUCCCAGUCCGCGGAGUCAUACAAUCUCUUCGAAUCAUCGUUACAACCCUCCCGAAGCUCCAAUCCCGAUGCAAUAUCCUUCCUGAGACCGGACGACGCCUUGCAGAUCGACCUGCAAAAUGGUGCCCGGAGGUGGAACUCCAUGCAAGGAAUGCUCUCUUCGCCGCACGACACCGAACCGAACUCUUCAUUAUUGUCACCCAAAGCCGUUCGCUCGCAAAGUGACAAUGCGGGCUCAAACGUGGUUCUAGCUCCACACCCCGAAGUGCAGCAACCUGUAGAGCCCCGCAAUGAGCUACCUCAUCCUGUCACUAUUGAAACACCGACGGAGCCAAAGAAACGAGGUCGUCCAAAGAAGCAAAAUCCAGCGGAAACUGUCGAAACGCCCGACCUUCCACGUCCAGUGAACCAGGACACUAGCGAAGCAAGUAACACUAAACCCGAGAAGCGCAAGCCAGGCCGGCCACCCAAGAAUCCAAAGCCUGACGCAGAGCAAAAUGACGUUUCGAACAUCGAUAAUCAACCCACGCACACUAUCCCUACAGCCAUAGUACCGGAGCCACAAAUUCCUCCAAAUGAGCCAGAACACCCUACUCUUCCAGCCGAUAUACCCCAAAACCGCGCAACAGGAGCCACCAACUUCCACAUCGAGAUACCCACCCAACAUUCCCCACCACCCACAGAAACCUCACAAACUCGAGAACCAGCACCAAAAGAACCAAAAAAGAAGAAACUAAAACGCGGCAAAACCACCUCCGUAACUCUCCAAAAAACCUACGACCCAGACAUCGAAGACGACGUAAUAUGGAUCGACGAUGCUCCACCAAACCCCGUUAUUCCCCAGCAAGAACAACAUCCCCUAACCAGCGGGGUUUCGCACCCUACAGUCCCUACUAAUAGCGAACAAACCCCACCAGACAAUACAACAGUACAAACUGAGCCAGUUCCGCAACCUAAGAAACGCGGACGCAAGCGGAAGAAAACCUCCGAUCCGUUGAUCGAGGAAGAAUUCAGAGACAAAAUAGGGAAACCGUCGGAUAUCCAUGUCGAACAAGAUCAACAGACUGUCUCGGCCACGGUCGAUAACACUACGAAUACUGCAGUCGAUCAAAAUACAGUCGAAGGUUCAGAUACCGUUGAUAUACCAUGCGAUCUGCAGGCUGGUCCAGAGAAUACUCAUUCUGAAUCGACAAAAGAGAACCCGCCCGAAACACCCAAGAAGUCUGAUUCGGAGCCGAAAACACCCUCUACGGCUACCGGGGCGGCGGAUACAGAUGCUUCAGGCAAGGAUGCGAGCAAAGGGCCCGGAAAACACAGCCCAAUCUCCACGGGGAAAGUGCCCUACCGCGUUGGAUUGAGUCGCAAAGCCAGAAUUGCUCCGUUGUUAAAGAUUGUUCGGCGGUAA